AUGCGGCGCGAUGAAGGAAGUCGACGAGGCGACGCCAUUCGCGCUCAUUUGCAACAAUAUUGCGUCUUGCCGCACUUGAGCAAGGCCACCCUGUUUGUGAGUCUAUUACGAAUCAUGAGCGCUAGUUUGGCCCUCUUUGUAGCCUUGACGGAACAGCUGUUGGCAGUCAAGGUCUUUACCUUUGCACUCGCCUCGUAUCAAAUUGCGUGUUUGCUAUUGCAAUGGGCUCCGGAAGAACGCGUGAAUCCGUACGCCAGCGUGUACGAAUUCACCAAGGCCAAGUACGAGCUAACCAAGGUGGUUCUGGCUACCAUUACGGCAAUCAUCAUGGCCAUUUGCUUGCCCUAUUUGGCGUAUUACACAGAGGAACCCCAUUGGCGACAUGCCGGUUGGGGAGUCUUGUUGUUUGUCCUACCGGCCUUUUUGGACUAUCGCAUCCGCCGUUCCUUGGCCCUCUUGUUUAUGGUCAAGCCGGAAAACAAGGAAGACGACGACGAUGGUGCCGAAAUUGACUUUCAAUUGACGUCCUUGUGGGUCGGAAAGUACUUUUUGCUUCCCGUAGAAUUUGGAGCAAUCGCCGCGUUUGCCUUGUGUUCCUUGCAAGUCCCCCAUUGGACCAUUGCCGGGGCAGUCUUUGUCAACAUUGCUUCUCUGUCACUUGGAAUCCUCGCCAAAAUGUCGCCUGGUUCCUGCUGGAUUGAUGGAGAUGGCAAAUUGUACAUUCCCAUCAAUGCCACGGAAGCAGAUUUGUCCUAUGCCGGCUAUUUGAUUGCUUCUGAUUUGAUCAUUGAUGACGACGUUGGUUACUUUGCCGCGGGACACGUCGCUGGAUACGUUCCCAAAAUUUUGCAUUGGAUCAAUUACGCCGGUUUGCCCCAAGCGGGAAAAUGGGGCGAAGUCUUGGGCGAUGGCGAUAGCGAAACGGGAUGCGAAUUGUGCGUGGAAAAGUUUGCCACCAACAGCAUCAUGUACCAACAUUUGGGACAAGCGUACAUUCAACUAGGCAAUCAAGUCUUUGAAAUUAGAGGGGGGUGCAUUGAGAAUUCGGCCAACCCUAUCUUACUAGAACAUGCCAAGCCUAUCAAUGGGUGUUGGGAGGUCAUCUAA